AAGCAGCAAGUUCCACCCAGUGAGAGCGGGCUAGGUGGACACAGGAAGGAGGUUGAGGCGUUUUCCGCAGGCUGAGACCGGGGAAAGUUGUUUCCUGAAGUUGACGUACUCGUGAUCAUUUCCACACCAAAAUACUUGGUGUUUGUUAAAAUGCCUUGCGCAAGUUCAUCGUCCCGUUGGUUGUGUUUGUGACACUUCUUUUUCUUCUUCUUCUUCUGAUGGAGUUGUCUGACAAAAGGAUGAGCUCAAAGAGAGAAGACACAGAAGCCAUCCUUCAGGCCCAACUGGCAGAGUAUGAAGCUCAGGUUGAACACUGGCAGGGUGUGGCGACCAUCUGUGAACUGAGCAAACGGGAAGAACUGGCAGAGCUGCAAAAACAAUGUGAUCAAGAGAUCCAGUCCCUUCAGGAGGCUCUCAGGGAGACGGCAGCCCAGUAUGAGGGCAGGAUAGCCGUGCUACUCGAGGGGAGGAGAGCUAGUGGUGGCCAGAAUCAGGGGAGUGGAAAGAAGGGCAAAAUGGAUGCAGAAGUGACCAGCAAUGACUCCCAGACAUCACCAGACAGGUUAAACUGCCAACCAACAGAGUCUGAAGUUAUACCAGAGGGAGCUGCACCACCCAUUAAUACCGAAGGAUAUUUUUCACUGCGGAACUGCGACUCGGCCUCGUUGUCCUCCUUCACCAUAGACACACCCUCUCUACCUAGGAAGCUCCACACUCAGGAAGACACAGACUCUCUGGUCUCAACAGGAACUCUGGUGCCGGAAGCCAUCUACCUGCCGCCAGCUGGCCACCGGCUUGUCACCCAUAGUGACUGGGAUGCAAUCAAUGCUCAGGUGUCAGAGUUGAGAGGGGAGGUGAGUCGACUUGUGGAAGCGAAGGAGGAACUAGAGAAAGAACUGGACACACAGACCAACCACACACACAAACAGGUAUCAGUGCUACAGUCUCAGGUCCAGUCUUCAGAGGCCCUUCUUCAGGAAUUACAGAAAUCUCUCAGCCAGUCACAAACUGCAGUCCAGAGUCGAUUGUCAGAGCUGUCCGUGUCCCAGAGAAAGGUGUGCAGUGAGCUGUCCAGGCUGAAAGGAGAGACGGUUGAAGAUGAGGGAACAGGCUCCACCUCAUCACUUGCAGAAUCACUGCAGCAAGCAGCGCACUGUGAGGAGCGCCUCCGUAUUGAAAUUGUCAACCUGAGGGACCAGCUUGAAAUCCGGGCAGAGGAGAACGAAAUUCUAGAAGUACAAUUUUCCAGUUUAAAAACAGAGACAGAAAGGAUCCAGGCCCAAAAAGACCAGUUCCAGGCCGAUCUCUUGGCCUGCAGCACUGAACUCGAGGCCCUGCGGGUGGCACUCUCUCAUGUUCAGGGCAACAACAAAGUCCUCAAUGCUGAUAAUGUGGCCUUACAUCAGCAGUGUCUGGAGCUGCGCAGCCAAGUGAUCAGCAUGCGCUCUCAGGUCGACACCAGCCAGACUGUCCAGAGAGACUUUGUCCAGCUUUCUCAGUCACUGCAAGUAAAACUGGAGUUAAUACGGCAGGCGGAAUCUCUUGAACAAGUCAGGGAGAUUCUGGAGGAGGGAAUCAGUGAAGCGGAUUCCUCGCCUGCAGAUGCCUCCUGAGUCUGAUACUGCAGGCAUAAAGCACUGACCAAGCCAAAAGAAGGACCAAUGAAGCUCAAGUAAUAACAGCAAUGUAGAACAAGCUCUGUUUUAACGUGACCAAGAAAAUGGCAGCUGCUGUUGUUCGCACAUGUAAUUUACUGACCACAGUGAAAGCGCAGUCUCACACUAAACCAUGUUCUCACAAGAGUGGGAAGCUGUUAGGUGUUUAAGGCAUUAUAUUUUACAUUACUAAGUCACUGUAAUGAAUGUUAACCCAAACAAUAAUUCAUCCUCUAAAAAUAUCUCAAAAGGGUUUUGACACUAAAGAUUCAGAGAAGUUAGUGCCAUUUCUCCACCUUACACUGUGACCAAUGAACCCUGAGGUGGUGAGCUUCCAGGCAGCUCAGCAGUGCGAGAAAGCUAAAGUAUGUUCGAUGUCAAAACAAGCAGGAACUCUGUAAUUGGUGUCUAACUUUCAGACAUUACUAACUCAUUAUUUAAAGAGCAAAAGUCUAUAUUUUGACUAUUUUAAAUCUACUACACCACUAGAUAUCCACGCCCAAUGAUACUAUUCCAUUGAUUUGUGAAAUGGAUAAGGCAAUUUUAUUAAAUUGCAUAUAAGUUAACAAGGGUUAAAAAAAUGUGCACCCUGUUGUCGUAUGUAAACAUUUUGCAACCAUCUGUACAACUUCUUUUGAAACAGGACACAAUGCAAUAACGGUUCAAGUUUUUUGCAGUAACUGUAAGUCAUGCGUUUUCCUAAAAUUUGCUAAUUUGUGUCGUAGCCUAGCAUUGUUAAUUUCUCUCCCUUUAACCAUGACUUGAUUUCCAGCAAAUGAUUGUCAUAGCUCACACGCUUUUAAAUAUUUAACAUUUUUUGUUUCUUUUUUGUCAAAAAACACUAUUUGAAGACUAUUUAUCUAUCUUCAAAUGCCAGUUUCAACAUUGCAUUGAAGUAUAAUACAUAAUGAAUACAUUGAUCAGCAAUAAACUUUAUUCAUAAACUUGAA